AUGGAGACGCCCGGCGCGCUCACCAACGCAACCUCGUUCCUGCCGUCGCCCGUGGACUUGCUCAUGGCCUUGCCGCGUCUAUUUGCCAAAGCUACCUCUCUUGGAGACAUGAUGCGCUCAGGCGGCAGCAUCAUCGCGGAACCGACGGCGAACCUGACUAACACCACGGUAACCAUCACUGCCAGCUUUGUACAAGAAUCUGUCGUCGCCGUGGCAUCAGCAGCCUCGCUACAUAACGUCCAAAUGGGCCAUCGCGACAUUUGCCCUGAUGAUAGUCUAUCGACCACUCUACGAAGUAGUCGGGUACCACUCUCCUUCGACCGCCUUUACCUUCGCUUCGCCCUCUACAUCUUACCCCUGGCCAUGUUUCUUUUCCAGAUACAAAGCGUGCUACGGGCUAUACGCUGUCAAACAUGUCCAGGGUGGUCAGAGAUGCAAUAUGGUGCGCCUGAUAGACAGCUGGAUACAGAUUUUGCCGGGGAAGGUGGCUUUCUGUGGCGUGUUGCGUCAACAGUCCUCUUCUGGGAAACGACAGAGGAGUCUUGCCGAGCGGCGAAUAUGUUCCCAUUGGAUCCCUCGUUACCGCGAGUGGCUGGAUCCAUGGCUCUUCUUUGGCCUCUGUUCCUCACCCUGGGCUUUGGUCAGUUCAUCGACACUUUGGCAUGCGCUCUUCAAGGUCGUCGUCCCAUUCAAGAAGUUGGAAUGACCAUCUUCGAGCAUUCGCUUGCCUUUGCAGAGGCUGAAGCUCUGACUCACUUUCUCAAACAAAAGUCCAUCUUCACUCCAGAUGGCACCUUGCUCAUGAUGCCCAAGUCAAAGCUUUCCAGAAUGGCCAAUGUACCCCCGGAAGUUUUGCUCAUCUCACUCAUUUCCAGUCUUAGUUACUUUACCAGCAACCUAUUGGCAAUCUUUGGCGUGCGUUCAAGAUACCGGCUCGUCACCACUACCAUCUGGGGGCUCGCAUACAUGUCAGCUUUCGCUUGGAGCUUCAAUCGUCUCACCUUGAUGGUCGCUGAUCCAGAUCACCAUGUCGGCAUACUGAGAUUCCCCACAGUGUGCAUCAUCGGCUUCAUCCCACAUCUGCUGAUAUUGGUGGGCAUCACUGUAUGUGGCUUCAUCUAUGCUCUAGCUCUACUCAUUACUGUACUCUCUCCACCUGCAGGACAGACUGGGACACUGAGGGAAAGGUUUGCAGCUGCAUAUGGAAAUUUACAUGCCAACAUUCAUUUGUCGUCAAUAACGCCUCUAACCAUCAACUGGCACGAAGACUUCUACACUACCAUUCUCAAGGUGGGCUACGUGAUUUUGACUGCCGCCAGCGAGGCUGUAUUUCUCAACGAGGGAACCAAAGUCAAUGUGCAUCCCACAACAUGGCUAGACAAGAAGAGACUGCAUGAAUUUCUCGCCCGGCGAAGAAAAACCCGCGAAGCACUCUGCAGCAUCCCAUCUGAGCUCAAGAACGAGACAUUUGCGCCAGGUGUAGAGGCAGUCAACUUUACUGACAUCAACACUGGCACAUCAACAUCAGGCUACGCGAAAGAGCGCAAGACAAGAGGUGUAAAGCCGCCUACGGAUCCUUCCAGCUCCAUGGGACAGCAUGACCCAGCUCUCCAGCAGCGUAGCCGUUAUUUCCAGGCAUACCAAUUCUUCCUCCGCAUAGCAAAGCUGAUAAUACUGAGCGCUGCGAGAAUCACAGACUGGACACUGACCAAGAUUGCCAUCAGCUAUCGACCUAGAUGGCUAGAACGUGCUGCCGAUCGCUAUGCAGAGAAACUCUACACUCCAACAUCAGGGCCAGGGCGGUCGCACUAUCAGACGAUAUCGGCCGACCCGUGGCUGACUAUGGACGACCGUUCUCGAGUUCGUCAGGACCAAGCUUUCGACGUGGAGUCCUUCGCCAAAGAAAGACUUCGACAGAGCGGUUUCUACGCGGAGCCAGAUACUGAGGUCUCCGAGGAGCGUUUGAACGACUACUUGUAUUCUUGGUGGCGUAACGGCGGUAUCUGGAACGACGUCGACAACAGCAAAGAUUAUGUUGUUCCAGAAGACGAUGACACGACUAGCGUGGUGUCAUUUGCUACUACGACAGACAACGAUGAGUGGUCAGACAUUGAUGACGGCCAACGAACACCCACGCGCGAUAGCUACCAACGCAGUCGGGAAGAAACUCCCUUGGCUGAUGAUGCUAUGGAUUUCUCUCGUCUCUCUCAGCUUCUCGAUCCACGAACGAGGGAAGACCGUGAGGAAGCCAAGUUGUUAUCGCGACAUCUCCAGAGCUCGAAAAUCAUGACACGCUCGCAGUACAGGGAGGCUCUAGAGCGUGAAGAAGCCAAAAUCUUGACUACGUCAAGGUACAAGGUGGGUGGCAGCGACGAUAUGUCGCCAGAAGAAGAAGAGCAACUUCUUGAGGAUAUCAUACUCAACCGGCGAAGCGCAACGGCACCACAAGGCGCGAAUACUGCAGGAAGCUGGGAUACGGGAGCAGAGGGUAUGGGCUCUGAUGGACCUCAAUGUGUGCAUGGACAGCGCCGCAGCGAUGACUUGCAGCACUCUCUGCAGCCUCACAAGAGUGAGCUGUGGAGGGAACCACCAACGGGUGGACCUGCAGUCUAUGCGACGCGUCCAGACGACAUUAGCAACGAAAAUCACACCGGGGAGCCCGAUGGACUGAAGGCUGUCGCCUCAUCCUCCCCACCGCCGAAGGAUAGAAUUACCGAAUAUGAGAAUGCGCUCGCAAAUUCGCCGCGAAAACAUGCUGAUGGCCCCCUCUUUGAGGUUAUCAAGGCCAAUACGAAGCCUGGUGAUAAGAGUUCCCCUAUUGCAAAACUGCCAAAUGAGGUCCUGAUUCACGCCAUUGCCCAUCUUUCGCCAAAUGACCUCGCCGCCGUGUCCCUUGUUUCCCGCCGCUUCCAUGAUGUAGUAACUACCCCACACGCGUGGCAGGUUGCUUUCGGUCGCUACUUCCCCGGUUCACAUUCCCUUGAAGAUGCGGCAUUUCGCUCAGCGCAAGAAGAUAAUGGUACUGUUGUUCGGUCUGAGAAACGGCGCUUUGCUAGGCUUACUGCGUUGGCGUCCUGGAGGAGCGAGUACAUUCUGCGAACCAGGCUUUUGCGAUCCCUUGUCCGGGGCAAACCCGUCCAAGUCCCCACGACACCUUCCCGCGCUGCUCAAAUGCAGACUGUCACUCCAAUGAUCACAUAUGACGCCAAAACGUAUACCAUCAUCAACCAUCUACAAGCAACAUUCGGCUCGGGUCUGAACAAGAAGAUGCCCCGCUUCAUUCAUGGCGCCGACGAUAUUUGGUAUGGUGACCAGUAG